CACGUUUUACCGAAGGGGAAACGAAAUACAAACGUAGGGGGGAAAAAAAAGUUGGUACUACAGACAAGUGAGUGAGCGAGAGAAGAGGAGGGGGUGAGGGUCCGCUGGCUCUAGAGGCAGCCGUUCAGUCCCCGAUCCCCGACAGACGAGUGUGUAGGAAAGAAAAGCUUGGCGUGCAUUUGUAAUACCCUUUUAUCAGUGAACUACAACGAGGUUAAAAAAUAAAAGAAAAAUAGUAAGUGAAAACGUCAGCUGAAGGUGACUGAUUGACAAAUCGUGAGUGACACAGGUGUUGGUGGAAAUACCGUUAAUCCAGGAUAGGUCUUGUGAAUUUUUCGGGGUUGAGAAAAAAAAAACGCCAGUCGACCGGUGGAUGGUCGCGCUGUUGUCGGUAAAAUUGACUGAACCCGGGGACUAGAUAACCGCGACGAUUUUCAGUUAACCAGUGAUUUAAAGAAAAAAAAAAUCAAUCAUGUUCGACGUCUUCGGCUCGGUGAAGGGCCUCCUGAAGCUCGACCAAGUUUGCAUCGACAACAAUGUGUUUCGAUUGCACUACAAGGCAACGGUAAUAAUACUGAUAGCAUUCUCCCUGCUAGUGACAUCGCGACAGUACAUCGGCGACCCCAUAGACUGCAUCGUCGACGAAAUACCCCUUCACGUGAUGGACACCUACUGCUGGAUCUACUCGACAUUCACAAUUCCUGAUCGCAGCGGUGUGGUCGGGAGGGAUCUAGUCCAGCCUGGAGUGGCAGCACACGUCGAGGGUGAGGAUGAGAUAAAAUAUCACAAGUACUAUCAGUGGGUGUGCUUCGCCCUCUUCUUCCAAGCGAUGCUCUUCUACGUGCCCCGUUAUCUCUGGAAAACGUGGGAGGGGGGAAGAAUUAAAAUGCUCGUUCUGGACCUCAAUUGUCCGGUUGUGAGUGAUUCCUGCAAAACCGAGAGACGAAAACUCCUGGUGGAUUAUUUUGGUACCAAUCUUCACGCACAAAAUUUCUACGCCUACCGAUUCUUCUUCUGCGAAGUUUUAAAUUUCAUCAACUGCGUGGGUCAGAUAUAUUUCAUGGAUUUCUUCCUCGACGGGGAGUUCACUACGUACGGCUCCGAUGUCGUCAAGUUCACGGAGAUGGAGCCGGAGGAGAGGAUCGAUCCCAUGGCCCGGGUAUUCCCCAAAGUAACAAAAUGCACAUUCCACAAAUAUGGUGCCUCCGGAACUGUUCAGAAGUUCGACGGCCUGUGUGUUCUACCUUUGAACAUCGUCAACGAGAAAAUCUACGUCUUCCUCUGGUUCUGGUUCAUUAUCCUGUCGAUACUCAGUGGACUCAGUCUUGCCUAUCGAGCUGCUGUCGUUGCCGGGCCCAAGCUCCGUUUGGUGCUUCUUCGUGCGCGAUCACGUCUCUCACCGCAGGAUCAGAUCGAAACCCUUUCGCAGAGGUUCCAAAUCGGCGACUGGUUCGUUCUUUAUCAACUGGGAAAGAAUAUCGAUCCACUUAUCUAUAAGGACCUCGUUUCCGAUCUCGCACAGCGCUUCGAAGGGAAGGAGAUGGUUUAGGGGAAUCUCGGAGUUUGGAGUUGAUCGCCAGUCAAAAUGGCAGAUUACCAAUCGUAUUUCUGAAUUUUUUAUCUUAUUUUAAAAUUCAAUGGUCUCGGGGAAAAAUUUGCGGCAUUUUAGAGGGGGUUUUAGUUAUUUAUGGGGACCGAGGCCGAUUAUUGCACACGUGCUGCACAAUUUUUUAGAAAAAAUUGGAUAAUUCGGUGCAGUAAUUUGUCUGCGAAUUUUUCGUUAAGAAUGUUUACUUUUUUUCAUGAAAGAUCGGAUAGAAAAAUUGAAUUCCACUGGAGAUUUUCCAUAAAUAUGGAGAAGUAGAGAAAGUUCCAUGGGCUUCACUGGAUUUUUCAAUGAAAUAUUUUCCUACGUGUGAUUUUAAAAUGAAAUAUCUCGAUGUAUUAAUGCCAACGAAUAUUGGGUCUGGCUGGAUUGGAGUCGACUGCCCACCUCCCACAUUUCAAAUACAAUAAUCCCUUUCCAAUGCUCGGUAAUCAUCACAUGACUUCGAGAAGGAACAUUUUCACAAAUAAAUAAUAUUUCUUCGUUGAAGGCCCUUGGGCCGUGGGACGGAGGCUUGUAGACUCUAAUUGUGUGAUAAGCGGGUGACGGCGUUGUUUCCUCUUCUUGAAUGCCAGCAUUGCAGGCAUAUCCAUCAAUUUCCCAUAAUUUCCCGGGAUAUUCGAAAGUGGCUGUUACGUGGCGUACGGCGAUCGCCGCCAUCUGCCGGUUGAAAAUCGUAGGUUCCCGCCUGUUGGGGCCCCAUGGGCCUUGACUCCCUCCUUUGUCCAGGUGUUUCCACAGUAAUUUUCGCGGAUAGCUCAACCAUAUCCGUCGAAUUUCUAUUUUUUUUUUGUCAGGAUACAGCGAAUAUUCAAGGGCCUUCGGGCAGGCAGCUGAUGUGAGACGAAUAUUUCGUCGAGGAAUGGCGAAUUUAGGGGUUGUCCAGGGUGUUAAAGUCAAAGGAUGAUAUGAGUGUUCCUUUUCAAAUUCGAAUAACUUGAAUUAUUCAUGACUCAGGAAGACUUGGGCAUCUCCAGAUUCGCCUGAACUGAUUCUUGAAUUUUCGCUGAUUCCUUCGUCCUUGUCAUGAGCAGAUUUUUUUGGCAAAGUCCAAACAAAUGUGCUCACGAUUAUAAACAAUUUGGAUACCUCCGUUAAUCGAGAAAAGGACGAAAAUGACGCCGUCCUCCCACAGUAGUAUAACUUCCAUAACCAAUUCAUCAUUUAUCUUCUCGUUCCUUUCGCUAUUGCAAGUAGAUUAUAAAAUUCCUCCCCUCCCCCCCAGAUAGAACAGUAAGAAUAUAGAAAGAUAUAUAUUAUAUAUGAAAAUUAUACAUAAAUUGUGUAGAUAUACGUAUCUUCGCGAAAUCGUCCAUUCCAAGUGAAACAAGGGGCCAAUGUUUUCGUGUCGUCGAGCAAUAUAUUACAUAUCUUCUAACUUCUCAUUUAUAUGGGUGUUUGAGCACCCAUCACGUGCCUCUUAAUUACUGCCGCUUUUACCGUCCGUGGACGAAGGCCACUUUUAUUCCAGUGAGUUUUUUCAAAAUAUAUCCACAACUCCCAAAGGAAUCAGAGUGUCUUUGCGACCAGCAAUCGGUAGCUGCCUUUAAGUAUGCCUAUGUAACGAGCGAAUUUAAUUAGUUUAUUAAGCGUUGUGACGUUUAAUGAAACCGUACAACUGUGCAAGAUUAUCAUUUGUAUUUCUUGAGAUUAAAUUAACGUUAUGAAUGUACGAGGAUUGGUUGUUCUAGGAAUCAUUUUACAUGACGAAGGUUCAAUUGUCUAUUAUUUCUCUCGAUUAUUGGAGCAUUUGAUUGAUUUAUUUUUCGGUGAGGACAGGCUAAUUGAAAGGUCAUUCACGCUCAAUGUAAGACUGCCAGAAUGUUCGUCGAUUUUUCUCCACAUGAGUACAUGUUUUUAUCAUUCCGCAUUAUCCGGAUUCUUUCAACUCACCGAAAAUUCAGGAAACCGUUAAAUCAUUAUGAGCUAGGAAUCAAAAGACUUAUUUCUGGAAUGAGAGUGGAAUAAAUUGUUGUCUGGUGAUGGAAAUAUGAAAAGAGGUUAAAGAUUGUAAUUGAAUUGAUAACCUGAGGGAGGCAUUAUCAUGCUUAUUUCAGGCUUUUAGUGAUAAGAAGCGUUUGGAUUGAGGCAUUUUCUCGGUGGGAAUAUUGUGUGAUAGAGUCGACGACAAUAGUUUUUCAUUUUUUUUUCUCCCUUUUUUAGUAGUGAAUAAUCUUAAUCUAAGAAACAGAUUUUUUUUCACAGUUGAGAAUCACAUCGAGACUUUUUUCUCAUUUCAUCGGUCGUAGAUGAAUCAUUUUGUUACUGAUUAAUGUAUUUCAUAGCAAUUCCGAUUAGGCUAGUGCUUUUGUCAUGAGUUAAUACGAUUGUAAGGACUUACUUCGUUUAUUAUAUUUAUGCAAGCAUGAAUUUUUUCAUUACUGAAUUGGACCACGAAGAUACGAAAAAUUAGGGAAUGAAAAUUAUACGACAGUAUCGAGACAAUAAUUACAGUUUGUAUGGAUAAAGCUAUUAUAAUAUUUUUCAAUUUGUUAAUAAUGAUGAAAUAAUUUACAAAUUGUACAGAUUGAGUCGAAUAAAUCUCGGAGGAGAAAUGAAAAUAA